AUGUCACAGAAAAACAAGCUCAACUUCGUGGCUGAAGCUCAGAUCUGGAAGGAUCACAUUGAAACAGAACAAGAAGCCGCACGGAGAUGGCCCAAGCGAUGGGGGUUUCUACUAACACCAGCUGAAGAGUUGAUGAAAGAUGAAAAGAAACAACCUGCUAAGCCUAAAAUCCCACUUCCAGAACAUUUACAAAUCCGACCUGUGACACCAGUGGAAAAAUAUAUUAAGAUCAGUCCAUCUCCACCUGUCCCUCAAACGACCCAAGGGUUUAUCGGCUGGAGAUCAACAGUACCCGGACUAGAACUGGAACACUAUUAUCAGAUCAGAAGCUGCAAAGGGGCCUUUUACAAAGACCUGAAAUGGCCAAAUGAACCCACUGAUUGA